CAUCGGUCAACACUAACAGAUCAAAAUGGCUUUCAAGUUGGUAAUCCUCUUGGGCCUGGUGGCGGCCUGCAGCUGCGGGGUGGUGCCCGCCGCGCCGCUCGCCUACGCGUCCGCGCCCCUGUACCACUCUGCCGCCCCCGUGUACCACUCCACCCCUGUAGCCUACGCCGCCCCCGUGGCCAAGUACGCCGUGGCCGCCCCCGUCGCCAAGGUAGCAGUCGAGGAGUACGACGCUCACCCGCAGUACAGCUUCGCGUACGACGUGCAGGACGGUCUCACCGGAGACUCCAAGAGCCAGCACGAGUCCCGCGACGGAGACGUCGUGCGCGGCUCCUACUCGGUCGUCGACCCCGACGGCACCAAGCGCACUGUCGAGUACACCGCCGACGACCACAACGGAUUCAACGCUGUCGUGCACAAGGAGCCCGCGGCGGUCAAGGUCGCCAAGAUCGCCGCCCCCGUCGCCUACUCCGCCCCCGUGGUGCACACCGCCCCCGUCGUCGCUAAGGUCGCUACCCCCGUGGCCUACCAGCAGUACGCGGCCGCCCCCGUCGCCUACUCCAGCCCCGUCUACCACUCCGCGCCCGUCGCCUACGCCGCCGCUGCUCCUUCGUACUACCACCACUGAAUAUCCUAGUCACAUCUGAUAUACCGUCUCAAUCUGUAAAUAAAAUAUUUAUUCCUUCAUAUAAA